UCUUCGCCAGUCCAAUGGACGAAGACGAUGAGUUCGGGGAUCUCUACUCCGACGUUCUCCCGCCCUUCCAACCUCCUCCCCCGCCUCCUCUCCGUUCAAUCGACCUCAACCUCCGAUCACACGAACAAGAUGCGUCGGAACCUAAUUCACCUUCCGUCGCUAGGGUUUACGACACCACCGCCUCCAAACCAUCCACCACUCCCUCUCACGACGCAAUUGGCGACGACAAGGACAUGAACUUCGAGCCCUAUGCCGCCGAUUCCACCCCUGCGAUUCCUGGUUUGGGUACAGAUCGAGAAGGUAGGGCGAUCAUUGAGCAGGUUGGCGAUGGAGGCUGCGGAGGACGAGGAGAAGGAGAUGAUUGGGAUAGCGACAGCGAAGACGAUCUGCAGAUAGUGUUGAACGACGACGUCAUGAUGGGAGCUGAUAGAAGAACAAGGCUGGGAGACAACGAAGAUGAUGAUGAAGAGCCGCUUGUUAUAGUGGAUAAAAAUCAACCUAUGGAGGAGCAGCAGCUCUGGGGAGAAGAAGAAGCGGUGGAUAGAGAUGGCAAAGAAGGAGGAGAAGCUCUGAAGGGGAGUGCUGCUGGGUAUCAUCCGUUUCAUUCUCAGUUUAAGUAUGUAAGACCCGGGGCAGCCCCUAUUCCUGGAAGUGUAGCAUCUGCUGCAGGUCAGGUUCGUCCUCCCGCCAACCUUGGUCCUAUGGCUGGUCGUGGCAGAGGAGAUUGGCGUCCAAUGGGAAUGAGGAAUGCUUCUGCUGCUCAGAAAGGCUAUCACCAGACUUGGGGUGGUAAUGCAGCUGGGCGGGGACUGGACUUUACUCUUCCUUCUCACAAGACUAUAUUUGAGUUCGACAUAGACGCUUUCGAGGAAAAGCCCUGGAGAUAUCAAGGAGUUGAUAUCACAGACUACUUCAACUUUGGACUGAAUGAGGAGACCUGGAAAGACUAUUGCAAACAGCUGGAUCAACACCGUAUAGAGACUACUAUGAAAAGCAGAAUACGUGUUUAUGAAAGUGGCAGAACAGAUCAGGGUUAUGAUCCAUAUCUGCCCCCAGAGUUAGCUGCAGCAACAGGAGCGCAAGUUGUUCCUGUUGAUUCCUCAAAUUUAGUGAAGCUUGACACUGCUCAAGGUGACUCAGCUAAUAUUCGACCUCCACUGCCCCCUGGAAGACCAAUACCUGUGGAGACUGGUUCUGUUGAGCGUCCAUCAUCCAUUGAUACACGUGCUCCUCGAAUGCGUGACCUAGAAGCUAUCAUUGAGAUUGUAUGUGAGGAUUCGCAUGAGGAUGAGCCCUCGGGUGAAAACGGCGCAGAACAAGCUGAUAGUGGCCAGAGUUUUCGUUCAUCAUCUCCUGUUGGAGACAGAGGCACAAGGUCAUCAAGUGUUGAUCGUGAAGAUGUGGGAGGUGAAGCUGGCAAAGAUUCUGAAAUAGAGGAGGAGCAUAAAAUGAGUUCUGCAGUCCCUCGGUCAGCAGUUGAAGAAGAUGAUGGAGGGGGAUCAAAGACAGAGAGAAGUAGUGAAAGCAGUAAAGCAAGAUGUGGAAGUCACAGAGAUCAUCAGCAACUGAAGGAUAGCGCGGAAGAGGAAGUUAUUCAAGAUAGGAACCAUUGUACUCGACCAGCUAGCAAUAAGAAACAUCACGUUAACAAUGCACAGCAUCAGAGCAGAAAGUAUCAAGACAUAGGGAAAGAAAUGGAAAGAACUCGAGCGGGGAGCAAAGGUGAAAGUGGAGAGGAUUUUGAUAAAAGGAAAGAGCGAGAUGUUGAUGGGGGAGUCUGGCGCAGGAGAGAGGAUGACACAUUCAGUAGAAGAGGUGGGGAUGAAGGGUCUAGAAAAAGGGACCGUGGAGAUGAUCAUGUUCCUUCGAGAAAUCAUGUGGAUGAUGGUGGUUUGAGAAAUAAUUAUGAACUGGAUGAUCACAUCAGCAAGAGGAGGAAGGUUGAAGAGUAUGUGAGAAGAACUCGCUCUGAGAAGAAUAAAAUAUCAUUUGGUCAAAGAGAAGAAUCAAUCAGCCGCCUGAAACGAGAACGUGGUGAUAGGUUGGACUAUCAAAAGAGAGACGUCCAACAUAAAAUCAGAGAUGAUAUAUACGACCACGCUUCUCUAAGGCACAGAGAUGAUUUCUAUAUGCAGAGAGAUGGUAAUGAGAGGUUGAGAGAGCGUGGGGAUUUGGAUAAACUAAAACUAACUCACGAGGAUGGUUUAUCAGCACCGGGAAGAGAGAGGCAGGUGGCUGCAAGGGGUCAUAGAGGUUCAGAAGACCGAUCAUCUUCAAGGAUGAAGGAUGAGUAUAAAGAGCAUCUCACCAAGGAUACAACAAGGCAGACUAAACAGACGAAGAAAAGGGAAUACCCUGGUGAAGAAAGUUCUUCCUAUCACAGAGGACACGGAGACGACAUUGUAAGCAAUGAGAAAAAAACAAGGCUGGAGAGGACAAGUGCUAAAAGUGACAAGGUUGUGGAAUCUUUAGAUGGCCAGCGAUUGCAAGAUAGAAACCAUAAAGAUUCUAGACGAAAGAUUAAAGAACAAAGAGAAGACACAGAUUCUUUGAGGAACAAGCAAGGAGAACAAAAUGGCAGUUCCCAAGUGACUGGCUUAAAGAGAACCAACGAAGCAAGAAACUACAGGAGUGAGAUCCCACAGCAGCACAACGCCACCAAAAGACACAAGGAAAACGCUUCCUCUGGUGAUGAGCUACAAGAUUCAAAAAGAGGACGUACGAAAUUUGAGCGUUGGGGAAGCCACAAAGAGAGAGAUGAUGAUGUCACUGCCAAGGGAUCUUCAUCCACUUCUUCAAAAAUUCAAGAGAAGGAAAGUGGCCAUGACCUUGCGGAGACCAAAAGAUGGAAGCAAGAAGGGACAAGGAGACCGGCACUUGGACACGGUUGAGAAACUCAAGAAACGCAGUGAACGGUUCAAACUUCCAAUGCCCACGGAGAAAGCCAACAAAUCAGGAGUAAAGAAAAUGGAGUCUGAGACGCUUCCCUCUGAAAAAAUUGAAGGCCCUGCGGAUUCAGAGGUGAAAGCAGAGCGGCCAUCAAGGAAAAGAAGGUGGACAAGUAGCUGAGAGUCAUAAACUGAAGUGGAAAUAAAAAAGUUGAGGAACUGGCUCUAUUAGUUUGAUGCCCCAUGUAGCUGCUUAAACGUAUGUCAUGAGAUUCUCUCAUUCCACGGAGCAGUUGUGACGGUAUCCAGAUGGAGGAUCAAAGUUCAAUGACGAUUUGAUUAGGAGACUAGCAAGAAUGUGUUUGGGAGGAGCUAUGUUGCGUAAGAAUAGGCCAUAAGGGUGACUCUGAGAGAAUACUCUUGUACUAGUUGAUGUAGCAUUUUUCAAAUAUUAUUGGUCUUUUAGUUUUGUUCUCAUACAAAGUGCCUCAAGAGAGCAGGAAUAUUUUAAAAAUACUUAAUGGCAUUGUGUGUUAUAUAUGCUGUAUUAACUUUGUUACUCUGUUCUUGUAAACGACCU